AUGGCAUUGGUCUUAGUAGGAGGAGCUGCUCUGGAAGCAGUAUUUGGGACGCUGCUUGAUGGCGUUAUAGCUGUGACUUCGAGGGCUAUAAUGUUUAAAUCCCACCUCAGAGAUCUCAAAUUCACCCUGGACUCUUUUCAGCAAGUGGACGAAGAUGUAAGACAACAUCCCAACGUAGUGUUUCGCACAAUGCAGGGCCUAGAAAGGUUUAGAAUACAAAUGGAGAAGGGCGCUCAGCUGGUUGACAAAUGCUCAAAGGUUCGUCCAUGGAAGUUGAACGCUUUCAAAAAGCCUAUGUACACCAGCAAACUUGUUGCAUUGAAUGCAUCUCUCAAAACACUGUUAAGUGUACUGACAGUGCACAUAAUAAGUGAUCUGAGGGCUCGGGUGAUCAAUGUGGAGACAACGUUGAACCAAAUCAAUGCGAAUAUUGUGGUACAAUAUCAAAAUCAAAAUCAAAACCAAAUUAGAGGUUGGUGUGCAAUACCAGAGCCUCCACCCUUUACUGUUGGGUUGGAUGUGAAGGUGACGGAGUUGAAGAUGGAGCUUCUUAAAGACGAGGCAUCAAUGCUUGUGGUGACUGGUCUUGGAGGAUACGGGAAAACCACACUGGCACAAAAGAUUUGCAAAGAUCAGAAAGUCAAAGGUAUGACAGAUUUAAAUGACCUCUUGGUGACUACUUUCUUGUGUUCUAAUUGGACAGAGAAAUUCAAAGGCAAUAUCUUUUUCGUCAUUGUUUCAAAGAAGUCCAACUGCCUUGUUGUACAAGAACUAUGUCAAAAAACCGAAUCCCUGGUACCUGCUUUCCAAGAAGAAGCAAUUGCAUUUAACUGGCUGCAAGAAUUUCUGAAUACAACAGGACAAGAUCCUCUACUUUUGGUCCUGGAUGAUGUAUAUCCAGAUUCAGACUCCCUUCUUGAUAAGCUUGAUGAAUUCAAAAGGCCAAAUCACAACAUUUUGGUGACAUCAAGAGUUAACUUUCCAAGAUUUGGUCCUGCAUAUCUUUUAGGAAAAUUGGAACAAGGAGAUGCAAUGACUCUUUUUCGUCAUUCAGCAUCCCGGACUGAUAGCAGCUCUUAUAUACCAGACAAUCUAGCAGAACAGAUAGUUCAGCUCUGUAAGGGAUUUCCACUUGCCAUUACAACGAUCGGAAGAUCAGUUUGCGAACAGCCUACAGAGAUUUGGGAGAAAAGAGUAGCGAAAUUGUCUAAAGGUCCUUCUAUUCUUGAUUCUGAGGGUUCUUUGCUUGAUUGCCUCAAAAGUAGCUUAGAUGCCUUGGAUGAAAGAAUGCCUAUCAUUAAGGAAUGCUUCAUUGACCUUGCUUCAUUUCCUGAAGACCGAAGUAUCCCUGCUGUUGCUCUCAUUGAUAUGUGGGCAGAGUUAUAUGGGCUAGAUGAGGACUUUUGGUCCAUUGCGAACAUCCACGAGCUAACCAAUCGUAAUUUGGCCAAUCUAAUUACAAGGAAUGGAAAGAUGGAGUUGGAUAGCUAUUACAAUGAACACUUUGUUACGCAGCAUGAUAUGCUUAGAAAUCUGGCUAUCCAACAGACUGGUCAGGACAGAAUAGGACAGAGAAAAAGGCUGAUUAUAGACAUUUGUGGUGACAAUCUCCCUAACUGGUGGACAGAACAAAAAAAUAAGCCCAAGAAGACCCGCUUAUUAUCUAUCUCAACUGAUGGAUCGUCCUCAGCAAAGUGGCACAACAUGCAUCUACCAAAAGCUGAGGUUCUAGUUCUGAAUUUUCAGACAGAGAACUAUGUUCUGCCCAAAUUUGUGAAGAAAAUGUCCAAGUUGAAGGUUCUGAUAGUCACAAAUUAUGGUGUCUUACAAGCUGACUUGAGUAAUUUCAAGCUUUUGGGUUCUUUGCCUAAUCUGAAGAGAAUAAGAUUAGAGCGCAUUUCAAUUCCUUCCAUAAGCAAGAACUCCAUGCAGUUGAAGAGUCUGCAGAAGAUAUCUUUAUUCAUGUGCAGCAUCGGUCAAGCUUUUAGCAACUCUUCCAUCCAAAUCUUAGAGGCAUUUCCAAAUCUAGUGGAAUUGAACAUUGACUACUGCAAUGAUUUGGUGGAAUUGCCUGUCAAGAUCUGUGAUCUUAUCCGCCUAAAGAAGCUCAGUAUUACCAAUUGCCAUAAGCUAUCUCGCUUGCCUGAAGAGAUUGGAAAGCUAGAGGGUUUAGAGGUAUUGAGGCUGAGGGCCUGCACAGACUUGGUAAAACUUCCAGGCUCCAUUAAGGACCUCACUAAGUUACACUUACUUGACAUAUAUAAAUGUUUCAGCAUCAAGGAGUUGCCUGAAGACAUUGGUGAAAUGAGCGGUUUAGAAAAAAUCAACAUGGGACAAUGCUCAAGAUUGCAAGAGUUGCCUGUAUCAGUUUUGAACCUUGGGGAGUUACGGGAAGUGAUAUGUGAUGAUGACACAGAAAACUUAUGGGGGGAACCUUUCAAAUCCAAUCUCCAAAAGAUAAAGAUAUCGGUGGUAAAAGAAGACUUCAACCUGAAUUGGCUCCACAAUCUAUGA